CGAACAGUUCGCAUGAACACGUCCCCGUUCACUUCCCCAAUCCUGUUCACACCCGAGAAAGAUGGGGGCCUCCGAAUGUGCAUCGAUUAUCGCGCUCUAAAUCGGGCUACGAUAAAUUCUCGCUACCCAAUCCCAUACGUGGACGAACUAAUUGACCAGCUGCGAUGCGCUCACUACUUCUCGAAGAUCUUUGUGGCGGUUACCACCAGAUUCGAGUCUUCACUGACGACUGCCACAAGAUCGCCUUUUGUACUCGCUAUUGGAGUUACGAAUACACUGUCAUGCCGUUCGGGUCAUGCCCCCUCGACGUUCCAGUUGACGAUGAACGGGGUAUUCCGGGAUCUACUCGAUAAAUGUGUGAUCAUUUAUCUGGAGGACAUCAUGAUUUACAGCACGACACGGGAGCAGCACUUAAAGGGCGCUGAUUAUCAGUGGGGGGAGAAGCAGCAAGCUGCGUUUGACGGAUUAAAAAACAUUUUAAUCUCGCCACUGGUACUUCGGAUUGCCCACCUAGAACGACCAUUCGAGGUCGUGACCGACGCAAGUGACAUCGCAAUCGGAGCAGUUCUGCUACAAGAUUUUGGCGACGGCCUUCAGCCAAUCGCAUACGACUAUGUUUUACACAAUCACCUGCAAACCGACGGUCAGACAGAACGGACAAAUCAGACCAUGGAACAGUUGAUUCGCACCAACUGCCCGGAUAUCAGCAAAUGGGAAGAUUCGCUACCCAUGCUCGAGUUUUCCUACAACCAUGCACCCUUAGCCACGACCAAUCAUUCGCCCUUCUUACUAAAUUGCGGGAUGGAUCCAACGUGAAGACGACACGUGGGUUCCAUCGGUACAA